AUGCAGAACGAUACUGGAAAGCUAAGAAGUGAGGGAUUAUCUCUAAGAAGUUGGAUAAACGUUGCCCUAUACUACUAUAAUAUAAAUGAGUAUUCAAUAUGUUUAUCUAUUUUACAAGAUUCAAUUGUAUACUUUAGAUUACUGGAGGAAAUUAAUGAGGAUUUGGGCUUGAGUAUUGAUGAUGCAAUAUCAGCAAUAGGAACUCUGUGCAUUUUGGAGCUAAACAUGGCAAUUGAUUGUUUCGACACAAAUUAUAGAGCUUCUGAAAACUUUGUAAGACAAUGUGAGGAACGACUUAAACGGUUUUCUUUAGUCAUUUCUAAUGUAGAUGAAUAUUCAAAUAGUAGUAUUAUUAAAUGUAAGAUCCACAGGUACUGGGGGUACUUUUACCUUUUUAAAAGUGCAAUUUUAAAGGAACCUGAUUUGCAAUAUAAACAUGAGAUUUUAGACAAGGCCGAAGUAGAAUUCACAAGAGCUCUAGAUGGUCAAUUCAGUGAUAUUCAAAGCAUUGUUGGUUUGGCUAAUGUUUUACUUUACAAAAAAAUGUACCUGCACUCUUUACGUCUAUUUUCAAUUGUUUUAUUAUUACUGGGUAGUGAGAAAUGCCCAAAUAAUAUUAGGAUUGGGAUAGCAUAUUGCUAUUUAAAAUUGAAUCAGAUACCGAAGUCACUAGACUGUUGCCGUCGUGCCUUGUACAUUAACUUAUAUAAAAGUAAUCGAAAUAUUACCUUAUGUUCAAUAUUUAAUUCAGAUUGUGAAUUAAAUAUGGAAAUUUUUACAGAUGAACUUAUAUCGAGUAAAUGUAUUGAUGAGAUUCAAGAAAUUGUAGAUAUUUUAUUAUGCCUACUCAAUUGUAAUUUGGAAUAUAAGGAACGAUCAAAUAUUAUGCAACUAAUAAUGAGAUUAAACCCAAAUUGUCCUGCAGCUUCUUUGUUUUACUGUGAUUCUAGUUUUUAUAUACAUGGCACUAAUUCUAAUAAGAAUUCUAAUAAUGUGGAUUGUGACAAAUUAUUACUUAGACUUUCUAGAAGAAGCACAAAUAGUGCCAGUGUUGUCCUUGCCAAAUAUCAAAUAGCUAAAAGAAGUCAUCAAAGUGGUGAUAUUCGUUCUGCUCAUUCACAAUAUAUUUAUAUUGUUGAGAAUUUGUAUGAUAGUGAAUAUGAAACAAAUCCUCUCAUUAUUUUAGCUAGUAUAUUGGGAGUUAUACAGACAUCAUGUGAACUUCAACAAUGGGAUACUGCAUCUCAAUAUAUACAGAAAUCUUUUGAUAUAUUUAAAAUACACAAAGGAUCUUUAGAUUCCUUAAAAAAGAGUAAUGUACCUAUUUGUUUUUUGUAUGACUUUAUAGUAAUUUUGGUUUGUCUUGUAAUAACUAGUAUUGAAGAUUCCAAUAUUAUCCCCAGAUCUGUUUCUCUUCUAACUCAAAUAACAGCUGAGGAAAGACUGAUUAUUUGCCUACAAUAUCUCUUCUAUAUCUUAGAUUUUAUUGCAAAAGAUAAGAAUGAAUAUCCUAAUCAAGAAUAUUUAAAUGUGGAUAAUGGAGAGAAUAAACUAGAUGAUAAUAUAGUUUCAAAGGAUAAUAUAGAUAGUCAUAUAAAUAAUUCAAACAGAAAUAAACGAGAUAUAGGGAAGUCAGAUGGUAUUAUGAGUUAUUUAUUACUUCAUAAAGUUUGUACAGCACUUUUAUUAAGAGGUAGAAAGACUUUAAGGAAGGAUGAUUUUAAAUCUAAAUCUAUUGAAUGGCUUAUUAAGGAUUUUACAGAUUAUUCAACAGAAGUUGAUCCAAUCCCUAUUCUGUUAAUUUCAAUAGCAUGUUUAAAGAAGAUUACUCAAAUUGCAGAAUAUGACAAUCAUGAAAAUUGCACUGUUUGCAUAACUCAUAAUAAAUCUACUGAUUCUGAUGUAACCUCUAAUACCCUAAAGGAGAACUCAUUUAUAGUAUUAAAUUUAUUUCCAGAUCAAAAGUGUAAAUGUCUAAUAUUUAAUAAUUUGGCUGCAUAUUAUAAUAAUUUAGGGAUUUGUAUAUUGGAGGCUGCAACUUGUAUGGCUAUUGAACAUUCCAAUACUCCAAAUUUAACUUUUUUAUUAGAGGAUUCUAUGAGAAAUUUAGAGAAGGCUUUGAAAUUAUCUGAAACUUCAGAUUCUAAAGAGUGGAUUUCAAUAAUUAUUAGAUUUAAUAUUGCUUUGUGUUUUGAAUACAGUGGACGUUAUGGAAAUGCAAAUGAUGAAUAUAAGAAAUUAACAAAUGAAUUUCCUUGGUUUACUGCAGCAUGGCUUAGAAGAGCUUCCUUAGCUUUAGAAAGAUGUGAUUUUCAAGCUGCUGCUCAAUAUUGCGAACUCAGUUUAAAUGUAAAGAAACCAGAUUUGCAAAAUUCAAAUCUUGUAUGGCUUAGUGGUACUGGAUAUAAUCCAGAUGGAUCAAAUUUAUUUCUAGCAUAUAUCUACAGUCGCCAGACAAAAAUGGAUAAAAGCUUUAGUGCACUAAGCAAAGUUGUAAAAUCAAAACUUAGUCAAUAUUCAAAUAUUGGUAAAGUUUGGUUAGGUUAUGCACUUUACAAUAAAGCAAAGACCCAAGCAUUAACAACUUAUACAGGAGAUUUUAAUAUUUAUAAUUCAUCAUGUAUUCAAUCUAGACUCAUUUUAGGAGAAGUUUUAAAAUCUGAAACUUGUAAUUUUAUUGCUAGCAAUAACAUCUUAAUUCAGGUAGCAGAAAGUGGACUUAUUGAACCAGCUUUAAAUACUUGGAGACAUAUGAUCGAUGUGUCCAAUGCUCUGCAAGGAAGUGCUCCAUUAAUGCAAUAUAUUGCUCUAGCUAAUUUGGGAAUAUUAUAUUCUGCAAUGUUAACUGUGUCCGUUCAAAGAUAUCCCCCACCUUUGCAACAUCAUUUAACUUUAAAUUCAAUAGUUGAAGAUCAUGGAAUUGAAGUUAAAGGGAGUAUUUUGGGGUCUCAUCCUCACUUUCCAGAACAACAGAGACUUUUUAAAAGUGCAAUUAAAUAUAUUCAACAAGCUCAAACAUUUGACCCUUGUGAAAAGAAACUUCAUCUUUCAAUGAUACGUUGCUGUUUUGAUAUAAAUUUAUGGAAUGAUGCAAGAAGACUAUUAGAACUUGCAAUUGUUAGAUGGCCUUGUGAUUUACGCUUUAGAAUCGGCCUUUCAUACUGUUUAGAACGUCUUGUUUAUUCUGAAAUGGGAGAUAUGGAACGUGCAAAACAUCCUGGUAGAGUUAAGUACUGGAUGAUACUUUGUGAAGUUGUUGGUAGCUUUUAUCAUUGGAUGUCUAUAUUAAAAGAAACAUUCCCCAUAGUAGAUAUGAAGUUUAUUGAACAAGUUAAAAAUAAUGUUUUAGGUAUUGGAUCUUUACAAAAAUAUACCCCUGGAUCAAACAAAUUUAAUUCCAACUCUAAUGUUUCAGCUUCAAAUCAGGAAAAUACUAUGAAUAUCAAAUACAAAUUAGGUGCAAUUCCACUUGAAGGAAUUGAUGUAUUACCUUCAAUAGAACAUUCAAUUAAACAAGAAUUAGUUAUGAGUAGAAAAUUAUAUUCACGAUUUGAGGAAUUGCUUCCAAUAGUUGAACAGGUUUAUGAAAAAGAACAAAGAGAUGUUGAAGAACUUAUUAUUAAAAGUGAAGAUUUUAAGAAAAAACAAGAAGAAGAAAAUAAAAGAAAGGAACAAGAAAAACUAGCUGAAUUCGAGAGAACAAAAGCCUUAUCUGAAGCUCUUGAGAAAGAAGCUGCUAGUAUUGCUGCUAGUCUAGCUGAUAAGGCAUUAGAAAAUGUUGAAAAAGUUAGAAAAGAUAGAAAAGAUAGCGAUGACAUUCAUGAUUAUAGUAUGGAUGAUGUUAGUGAAGUUGAAUCAUAUAAAGAUAGUGAAAAAAGUCAAAUUGAAGAUCAUACUAUUAAACAUAGUGGUAAGAGAAAUCGGAAACAAAAGAAGUAUGAUCAAAAUAAUAUUCAAGAACAAUUGAACUUAGAAGUAUCUAAAGAUGAAAAAGUUAAAAGUAAAGAUAAAAACAAAAAUAAAAGACAUAAUAAAAGGGAACAAAAAAAACUUUUAAGACUUCAAAGAUUGCAAGAACAAAGUGAAGUCUUACAGAAGAAACUUACAGAAUAUCCUGAUAAUGAUGUUAUACAUAAACACGAUACUCACCAGGAAGAACCUGUCUCCGAAAAUCUAAAUAGAUUAAAAAAACGUCGCGUGGAAUCAGAAGAUGAAGCCACAGAUUAG